AUGGUGCUGAUAUUUUAUCGAGAAGACCUGUUACAAAAAAGAGAUGGAAGUAUUAGUAUGACUGACCUUCUUGAAACAUGGAAAGGAAUGGAAAGUGCCAAAAAUCUAAAUCUUACUAGAUCAAUAGGUGUCUCAAAUUUCAAUAUUAUUCAAAUGCAACGUCUUUGGGACAACAGUGAAAUAAAACCUGCCGUUUUGCAAAUUGAGGUUAAUCCAACCAUAACUCAAAACGAGUUAAUUGAUUGGUGUCGUGAACAUGGCGUUAUUGUAAUGGCAUAUAGUCCGUUUGGAGCUAUUCUUGGUCGUAAACAAGAUGGUCCGCCACCACGUGCUGAUCAUCCAAUUCUAACGAAUUUAGCUGACAAAUAUAAUAAAAGUGUACCACAGAUCUUACUUAGGUAUUUGUUGGACCGUAGGCUGGUAGCUAUUCCUCGAUCAACGAACAAAGAACGCAUCAAGCAAAAUAUCGAUAUCAUGGAUUUCACUCUUACAGCAGAAGAAAUCGAAAUUCUGUCUUCUUUUAGUAAGAAUUAUAGACUUCGGACUCCCGCUAAGUGGUAUUCACAUCCGUACUUUCCUUUUGAAAAGAAAAAUCUUACUGAUGCAGAAAUACAAUAUAUAAUUGAACACAGUAAGGAAGAUUAA